AUGUUCAGAUUAGUAACCGGAAUUCCUGGGCCGAGCGGUUUCGGAUCGGCUUCUACCGCCGAACAAGUUACAGACGGCAUUGAUGCCUCCAACAUCACUGCUAUUGUUACAGGGGGUGCCAGUGGGAUUGGCUUUGAAACGGCCAGAGUUUUAGCCUUAAGGAAAGCCCAUGUGAUCAUUGCUGCCAGAAACAUUGAGGCUGCAAAUGAGGCAAAGCAGAAUAUCCUCAACGAAAAUGCUACUGCUCGAGUUGAUGUCCUUAAAUUGGACCUCAGCUCCAUCAAGUCGGUUGAGGCCUUUGCUGAUGACUUCAACGCUCUCAAUCUUCCUCUUAACAUAUUGAUAAACAAUGCUGGCGUGAUGUUCUGCCCUUAUCAGCUUUCACAAGAUGGCAUAGAGAUGCAAUUUGCGACUAAUCAUCUCGGCCAUUUUCACUUGACAAACCUCCUCCUUGAUAAAAUGAAGCAAACAGCAAAAUCAACCGGGAUCGAGGGCAGGAUUGUGAACUUAUCAUCCAUUGCCCAUCACCAUACCUAUGAGGGAGGAAUCAAAUUUGGCAACCUUAAUGAUAAAAACAGUUACUCAGACAAAAAGGCAUAUGGGCAGUCCAAGUUAGCCAACAUACUGCAUGCCAAUGAGCUCUCUCGUCGUUUGCAGGAAGAAGGAGCCAACAUCACAGUCAAUUCCGUGCAUCCUGGUUUGAUUAUGACUAAUCUCAUGAGGCAUUCUGCACUUCUAAUGAAAGCUUUGCAGUUCUUCACUUACAUCAUGUGGAAAAAUGUACCUCAGGGGGCGGCUACAACAUGUUUUGUUGCACUCAAUCCGAAGUUGAAAGGUGUGACAGGGAAAUACUUUGUUGACUGCAAUGAGUUUGCAACCAGCAAGUUGGCAAGAGAUAAAGCUUUGGCCAAGGGAUUGUGGGACUUCAGCAACAAGUUGGUCAAUUCAGCCCAAAUGAUUUGA